UUUAAAUUGUCCAUUUGAAAGAUCACUGGAUUAUUGCUUAUUGUGCAACUUCCUCGUAGCUUUUGUGGACCCUUGUGCAAGACCUUUGAACACAGGUGUUCUCUAACAUGGCUGCAAGGAUAACAACACCCCUUCUUGAAGAUCGCGAAAGGAUUUACACGACGGGGGAAACUGGAGGUCCUCACGAAGCUAGUACAGACUCCCGACUUCUAUCCCUUGCAGAUAAGCUCGGCAUGCAACCAGAUGCGUUGAGUCAGUCAAGUUCUGCAGAGAGAGAAAAGGGCAAUGACUAUGAAAGAGAUAGAAGACUUCACAGAGAUCCUGUAGUUAAUAUAAGCUUUGAACAACUCGAAGAAUUGCUCACUGCCCUGGAUUCCACAAGCGACAUGCUUCGACAAAUUGGUUUAAACUCGGUGGAAUUGGAAAGUUUGACCAGGCAGCGCAGAAGUCACAAGAUUCCAAGAUUUAUUACAAGACAUCUUUUGCUUGGAACAGUUAUAUGGCAGAUUCUGAACAUCGUAGCUGUUGUGAUUACUGAAGCAUUUGCAAAUAAUUCCAAAGGUGAUGAGAAAGAAGAGGACAAAACUGUAUAUUAUGUGAGCGUAGGUGUAAUUGUGGUUUUCCAAGCAGCUAAUCUACUUUUGGUAAUCUUAACAACAAUAAAACUCACCAAGCAAAUAAUGCAUCAGACUUUAACAAAAUCAUUCCUUGCACAGUCUUUUUUAUCAACAACACUUCUCUAUGCUGGGCUUUACACACUGGUCUAUAAGAUUGAGCCCAGUUCAUUUCAGCAUCUAACAGGAGCUAAAGAUCCACUGAGUACACCAGGAGUAUUUUUCAAGAUGGUUGUUUUCUCAAUUUCAACAGGAACUCUGUGUGGUAGUUCAUCCAUCAUUCCUGAUAGGUGGCCAGCACAGCUAAUUGCUUCAACUCAGAUGUUGAUGAGUUAUGUUUAUUUUGCCUCUGUGCUCUACAUGGCUGUACAUCCACCAAAAAAUGAUCUAAAAUGGAGGGUAAUCACAAGAAGUAAUCACCAUAGAAGCCUUCAUCAUGUGAGAACUGUAUAAGAUUUAUGCAGUUGUAUGAUGAUGAUGUUGGCUAAUGUAUGAUGAUGUUGGCUAAUGUAUGCUGAUAUAUGAUGAUGUUGGCUAAUGUAUGCUGAUGUAUGAUGAUGUUGGCUAAUGUAUGCUGAUAUAUGAUGAUAUUACUGAUGUGUGCUGAUGAAGGAUGAUGUAUGCCAAUGUAAGCAAUGUAUGCCGAUGUAGCCGAUGUAUACUGAUAUAUACUAUGCAAAGACAGAAAGUCCAGUGUGGAAGCUCAGGAAUACUUACUUCGGGAAGCUAUGAACAGCAAAAUUAAACAUAAAAAACCAAUUCAAUUAGUCUCACUAAGACAAUGAGCAAUCCUUGCUUUUUAGUGAAGUCCUUUUGCUCAAACAAUGUAACUCCAAGUUCUCAUCUUUAAUUUAUAAGGAAAUUUGGAGAAGCUAACAGAGAGAAUAACCAAUCAGAUCUUAGGAGUUUAGUGGUUAAUGAUAACCUUGAGAGAGGAAUUGUUUUCAAUUUACAACAGGAUCUCUAAAUUAAGUACAUUGAGAAGUAAAUUAAAUGGGAAACAGACUCUGUCAUACUCAAAAUAAAAUUUAAGGCAAAUCUUUGAAAUGAGGAUUUUUAUUACAUUUUUCUCAAAUUUUGUUUGAUAUCUCAUUUUGAAGAAGGUGAAUAUUUUUGAGGGAGAAAGGAAUCAAACUAUUAGAAGAAAAAUUGUAUUUUUACCUUAAAGUGCUACUGAGACCAAAUUUAGUGUUUACCAGAUUUUUCACUUUUUAGAAUCCUUACUGGCUACUUAUCACUCUCACGAAAUUUGGAAUGAAAAUUUGAAGUGGAAAUCUGUUUUUUUAGACUUGUUUUCUUCAAUUCAACGUCCACCAUUACUCAAACUGCGAAAUGGCCGCGCAUAAGUCUCUAACACCAUAUUAUCUCCUAAACUUUUAGUGCAGGCUGUUAACUAAGAAAUGGAUGGAGAUUGUUGUACUGGGAUAGUUCUAGGAGAGUCUAAUUGUCGUUUUGAGGCCGGAAAUGGCACUGUAGAGUUGUGUUGUGCAGGAUUGAGCAGUUAUUCUGUAAUACGAUUGCCGAAAUAUCACUACACAGGCCAAACAAAAUAGUUACAAAAAGCCAAUGGGUGGCAUUUGUACACCUACAUUGCUAAAACCUCCAUCCGAAAGGAGCAUCGACAUAGAUUAGGCAUGAAAAAGGAUUGCCCCGGGUGCCAUUACUAGAAUAUGGAAAAUACAUUUCAGCUGGCCAUGUCUUCAAGAAACCGCCAAAGGGUGAGUGUUGUUAGUUCAUGAUUGUUCUGUUGACUCUCACCUCAAGUUUUCUAGACCUUGAGAAUAUGCAACGAUUGAACUUUCUGAGAGUUAAAUUUGUUUUGACUUUCUUUGCUAUCUAUUUAUUUAUUCUCCAAGACUCAUGAUCUGCCAUGUACGAUUUGUACACAAACAAAUUUGUUCUGCUGGAAUAAAGUCUUACCUUUCCUUCUAAAAACUGCUUUAAUUUAGCAAUAUAGGUUCAAUUCAUGAAUAUCAAUAGCUCUAUAUUGCUGUACUAGCAGUAUGAAAAAUUGUCUACAUUCCUAACUCAACCUGGAAGAUGAGAAGACAAGCUUUCUGGCAGGCUAUCAUUCUGUGGUUGAUCAAUUUGCCCCAAAGAUGUAGACCAGCUCUUACUUAUACUCUGAAGGUUUAAGAAAUUUCAUGUAAAGCACAGUACAGGUAGUUAAUUUCACUGUAUAGGAACAGCAAAGCACCAGUUACUAUUUUGUUAAAAACAGAAUACUUUCAUUGACUAAAAAAUUAUCAGGAGUAAUUAUAUUUUUGGGGCUGGUCGAAUUAGUUCCACCAAGAUAUGCAUAGCAUGGCCACACUUAUAAUUUCAAAGAGGAAAAGUUGAAACAUGCACAUUUAUCUACUUAUAGUUAUGGUUUACCAUAUUGUUCUGUUUUCUAAUUCUUGGUCCUAGAAACAAUUUGGUAGUAGAUUACUUAUUCUCAAUUGUUGUGCUAAAUAUGGGUUAUCAAUCCUGCUACUGGCAGAUUGAAGGGAAACAAAGGUGGAAAAUAAAGGCCAGCCACAUCUUUGGGUAACCUACCCAAAGUACAAAAAUGUAAAGGAAAUGUCAUGGCAGGCAAGGGCAUUAAAUUAUGAUGAAGUUUUGCUUAGUGCAUAGAUCAAGCAGAUGUAUACCAACUUGUAUACAUGCUUCCCUGUAAAAAAAAUGUGCAACAUGUGUGUGAUUAGACUCCUUUUUUUUGUUUUCUCGAUUCAUUGUCUUGAUGCACUCUGUAAUUGAUAACCAUAUCAACAGAAGAUAUAAAAAAAAGUAGCCAGUGAGCUAAAAAAAUAGUAUGCCAGGUGCUUUACACUUGAUGCUUGACAAGGGGUCAGAAGAGCAAGAUAUACAAAAGCACUAAUGAUAACAAUGAGUGUUCCAAUAAUCCCUGUGUAAACAACAACAACAACAACAACAAUAUUUAUUUGUACUCACUCUUGCUCAGAAAAAGUUACAACAAAGAGGAUAUUAAAAAUUAUAAGUUAGAGUACUGGCUGCCUGGAAUAACCACAGGGGCUAGCAGAGCCAGGCAGCCAAAACAGUGACAACAGUGGUACUUGUACUGACUGACUGAACUGUUAUGUUUGUGCUUGUCAGCCUGGAUUUUAAGGACUCUGUUGUGAAAUGAGAAGCAAAAGAAGACUGCGAUUUGUUUAUAAUGGUGACCUUAAAGUAUUCCUUCGGAAAUUUUUCUCACUCCAUCCAUCCAUCCAUCCAUUACUGGUAACCCCACAAUGCAGUGGAUAAACAAGUGUUCAAAUAAGUAAACAAAUGAAUCACUCAAUAGUAAUAGUAGAAUUGUCUUGCUUCACCAAAUGUUUAGAAACAUGAUCACCUUCUAAUAAAAUUAAUUUAACCUUG